AUGAAGUUUUCCCCACUGUCUCGUUUCCCUUCUCGGGAUUCCCGCCACCACCACAAAAAAGUUGCAAAGAGAGAGGGUACUAGCGUUAAGCUGGCAUUGGCAUUCGUUGAUACGCUACAAUUCAUUCUUGAAUUAACAAGUACAAAGCUGACCCGCGGACACUCCAGAUGGCAAAGACAAUCAUCGUCACAGGCGCUUCCAGAGGUGAGAUCAUCCUGGAUACCUGCUGAAAUGAAACGCCUCGGAUUACUGAGAUUGCUGACGCCCAUCUAUCAAUUAGGGAUCGGCUGGAUCAUUGCCCAGUACCUGCUGCACGCGGCCAAUAACCUGGUUGUGUUGGCCCGCACCGCAGAGCCCCUCCAGAAGCUCAAGGAACAGUAUCCAAAGCAGGUGGAGGUCCUCACAGGUGACGUCGCGGAUUUCUCGCUGGGAGAGAAAGCUGUCAAGCUGGCACUGUCCAGCUUCGGCCGGCUAGAUGGCCUUGUUCUCAACCACGGAAUAUUGGGCCAGGUCGGCAAGAUCGCGGAUGCCGACUUGGAGCAGUGGAAACAAGGUUUUGACGUUAACUUCUUAAGCCUGGUGGCCUUUACAAAAGCUGCCCUUCCUUCUCUUCGAGAGUCCAAGGGCAAAAUCAUCUUCACAUCAACUGGGGCUGCCGUGUCGGCAUACAAGACUUGGGGUCUAUAUGGGUCUACGAAAGCUGCUAUGAACCAUCUCGCAGCCACGCUAGGAGCUGAAGAGCCAGACGUGACCACGGUGGCCAUCAGACCAGGAAUGGUUGACACGGAGAUGCAGCGGGAGCUCCGCGAGGUGCAUCGCGAUAACAUGCCCGCGGAUGUCCACGCCAAAUUCUACAAUGCGCACAAAGAAGGGAAACUUCUGAAGCCCGAGCAACCCGGCCAUGUGAUGGCAAGGCUCGUGCUCGACGCGCCUCAAUCGCUUAGUGGCCGCUUCCUAUCGUGGAAUGACAAGGAAUUGGAGGCCUUUCAAGAAUAA